CUUCCAUCCACUGGACCAAUCAUAAUUUUAAUUGUGCUUCCAUUAAAUCCAAUUGUUAUUUUGAGACGACCGACGACGAUAGCUAGGUAGCUAGGAGGAGUUGGGAGAGAUCCGGGCGGGCGGAAAGGACCCUACAUAAUAUUAUUAGGUGCAAGGUAAUUGAGCAAUUAAGAGAAAUAUAAAUAAAUAAAUAAAUAAAUAAAGCUAGCUAGCUAAGGAUUAAGGAAGGGAGAGAGAGAGAGAAGCCUAAUUAGGAUCGGAGAAGAAUAUAUAUAUAUAUAUAUAUAUAUAUAUAUAUAUAUAUAUAUAUAUAUAUAUAUAUAUAUAUAUAAAAUGGUGAGGGGGAAAACGGAGCUGAGGCGUAUAGAGAACGCGACGAGCAGGCAAGUGACGUUCUCGAAGAGGAGAAAUGGGCUUCUCAAGAAAGCCUUUGAGCUGUCUGUGCUUUGCGACGCUCAGGUGGCCCUCAUCGUCUUCUCCCCAAGAGGAAAGCUCUAUGAGUUCGCCAGCUCCAGCAGCAUGCAGGAGAUUAUAGCGCGAUAUCGCAAGCACACUGCAGAUCGUCAAGGUGAAAACCCCUCGGUGGAACACGAAGAGGACUUGCAGCAUUUGUUGCAUGAAACUGAAUACCUGGCCAAAAAAAUAGAUUUCCUUGAAGCUUCAAAGAGGAAACUUCUGGGUGAAGAUUUGGGAUCAUGUGGCAUGGAAGAGUUACAGCACAUAGAGCAACAGUUGGAGCGGAGCGUGAGCAUCAUCCGUGCACGAAAGAUGGAAGUCUAUACUGAACAGAUUCAGAGAUUAAAAGAUAAGGAAUCAUUGCUAACAGCUGAGAAUGCAAUACUCCGGGAGAAGUACAAGUCAUUGGAACCAGCUGAGAAAGUGGCAAAUGAAGGGAAUGAGAGGGAUGCCCUUUGUGGGGAGGGCAGUGAGAAGUCAGAUGUGGAGACUGAACUGUAUAUUGGACUGCCAGAGAGUAGGGCAAAGCCAGAUCCCCCUGUUUUCCUUCAACCUACAACUAAUACUUCUACUUAUAUGCGCCCCCGCACAUAGAUAGAGAUCAAUUCUCUUAGAAACAUUGUCCUCGCGACAUACCUUCGAGAUAAGGGUAAGGUCUGCGCGCACCAUCCUUCCCAGACACUCUUCUUUGUGAGAUUUUACUGGAUUUCUUGGCUUUGUUGUUGUUGUUGUUGUUGCAUACAUAGAUAUUCAUCUUCAUCCAUUUCCAUUUUGAAUUUAUAAGCAAAGAAUAAAACACCUAUGUGUAUAGCAAUUUAACGCGAGUGGCUCAUUUAAUUGCAACUGUAAACUUAAAUGGCAGAUUGGCAGCCCUCAAAUAGUUCCAAUGCUCUACUCAAAUGUCCUGUUGUUUUGGUUUUAACUGCUUGAAAAACCAGCCUUUGCAAUGGGUUGUU